AUGCCGACUACGAGAAGCCAAGCCCCGGGAGCAGAGAAAAAGACCACGCGGGAAAAUGAACAGACAGAAGCGUCCCCUUCAGAAACCACGCAGAUGUCCGCGUCCGCCGCGCCGUCGAGCGCGCCACAGGCACAAGCCGCCCGCGCCGCGUUUACCUCGGACUCCGCACCGGCGCCACCGUCGCAGCCGCCGACGACAGAUGUACGUCCGGCCCGGGCCGCGUCGGUGCGAUCGCGCCGCUCUACCGCUAGCGGUAUAGCUAAAUUAAAGAGGCUGGAGUACGAGGCAGCGCUACAGAUGGCGAAAUUACAGGCUGAUUUAAUUAGAAAGAAGUUGGCAGCCGAUGUCGCCGCGGUACAUGAAGAGACCGAUAGAGAUAGCGUGUGCUCCGAGGAAGGUGCCGGCCUGCAACGUAUAACGGAUUGGUUUCAACGUACCGAAGUACGGGGGGAGCAGAGAAUUAAUUCCCCACCGCCUACGCAGAAAGAGCCAACAGAAAGGCAAGCUUCACCGCCGAGGACGCCGAAGCAAAGACGGAGGUCCCCCGCUCCUGAAGCCGGGAUGCAAGAAGGAUUCACCCGGUUGGCCAAAGCUAUUGAACGAGCUGUGGACGAACGAGCGGAUAGGGUAGCGCCGAGGCAAGCCCAAGAUCUCCCGACCUUCAGCGGCGAAGCAAGUGAAUGGCUAGCGUUUAAGGCGGCCGUAGACCAGUCUACAAAGACGUACAGGAUCACACCAGCGGAGAACCUGGCCAGGCUGAGGGCCUGCUUACGUGGAAAAGCGAGAGAGACAGUCGCAGCGUUACUCGUAUCCGCUACAGAACCGUCGCAGAUCAUGAGGACGUUGGAGCAGCGGUACGGCCGGACAGAGGCCAUCAUCGACCGCGCCCUCAAAGAUCUGAGAAGGAUGCCGGUAAUAGGAACAUCGACAACAGAGGUGAUUGACUUCGCCAUUAAACUACAGAACAUCACCACCAUCGUCGCGGAUAUCGACAGGGGGGCGAGAUUCCUACAUAAUCCCGCGCUUGAGAGUGAAGUGUCAGAGAAGCUGACCCCUCACUUACAGGUCCACUGGUGUCACUACGCUGAAAAAAACAAGGAGGACACUAGACCUACGAUCAUCAAGAUGGCAGAGUUUUUAAUGAGCGAAGCCGAUCUCAUGACCCGACAUCUGCGAAUAGCAUCACCAACGAGACGAACGAGCGCGCUACCCACGAAGCAGCCCCCGAAGCAACCCACUAGGCAACCCAUACCGAAAGCAACGAUGUCGGCACCUCGGCGACAGAUGACGGAUCGUGGCGCGGCCGUAUACGCCGCCGUAGAAAAGAGCGAACAGAGUACCGAAUGUCUCUGUUGCGGCGCCGCACACGUAACGCCGAAGUGUAAGAAGCUGAACGACAUGUCGUUAUCGGACAGAUGGGAGUGGGCGAAAACAAAUAAGAUGUGCUUCCAAUGCAUGAACAGCACGCACAGAAGGUUCAAGUGUAAGGCACGCAAAUGUGGUGUGAGAGAGUGUCGUAAGCCACACCACGCCCUGCUGCACCCCCCAGAAGAACCGCCGAAGCGGCAAGAGGACACCGCGAUUACAGCCGCAGCACGCUUGCCAGAGAACAGCCAAGUGUUGUUAAAGGUGUGUCCCAUCAUCGUGAAAGGCAAGACGGGACGCGAAGUAGAGACGUACGCGAUGCUAGAUGAAGGCUCGACGGUUACACUCAUCGAUGCGGAGAUCGCAGAACAGAUCGGAGCCGAAGGUCCGACGCGAUCUCUGAGAAUUCAGGGAGCGGCCUCGAGCUGGCACGAAGCCUCAAGCCGAGUGGCUGAUGUCAUCAUCAGAGGGCGACACCAUACGGACGAAGAACACUCGGUGAGGGCGCGUACGAUCCGGGAUCUCACCCUAGGAACGCAGCGAGUGAACCCGGAAAUACUCGCGUACGGACACCUGCGACAACUCACUUGCGAGCAAGUGUGCUACGAAGAUGCCAGACCCAAGGUCUUGAUCGGGUCAGACAACUGGCAUCUGAUUGUUACGCGGAAGCUGCUCACAGGAAGGCACAAUCAACCCGCAGCGUCGCUGACACGACUGGGAUGGGUCAUCCACGGAACGGUACCCAGAAGUGUCGUGGAAGACGAGGAACAUGUCCUCCACGUGCGGUUGACACAGCGCAACGCCGAGCCAGACAUGCGGCAUAUAGAGGGCAUAAUAAAAGCGCAUUACGACAUCGACGCGUUGGGUAUAUCGUCGAAGAGAUUACCCAUUGCUAAGGAGGAGCGCGCCGUCGCCACAUUCAACCGCACAGCGACGAGAGUGGAUGGGCGAUACGUCGUAGGAUUGCCGUGGGAGAGAGAUAACGUCGCUCUACCUCCCAGCUACGACAUGGCAGCGAGCCGACUGAGGGGAAUAGAGCGGCGGAUGGAUCGCUCUACGGAAUUCCGGCUGGCGUAUACCGCGGAGAUAAACAAGUUGUUGGACAAGGGUUACGCCGAGAAAGUAACCGACGACCGGUUCAACAACGACCGCGCGUGGUACCUUCCCCAUUUCGGAGUGACGAAUCCGAAUAAACCCGGAAAGCUGCGACUCGUAUUCGACGCCGCGGCCCGUUCGAAGGGAAUGUGCUUGAACGACGCACUGCUGGAUGGGCCAGAUAUGCUACGGUCGCUUAACGGUGUGUUAUACCGUUUCCGCGAGAAGCCCGUAGCUAUCACGGCGGACAUACGAGAGAUGUUCCUGCAGAUUAAGAUACGGGAAGAAGAUAGAGCAGCACAACAGUUUCUGUGGCGAGGAGAUGACAGGAUUAACCCGCCGCAGAAAUACGUAAUGACCUCAAUGAUUUUCGGGGCGAGGAGCUCACCGUUCAUCGCACACAGCGUUCGAGACAGGAACGCGGCAGAGCACCGAGAGUCGCACCCGUCAGCGUACACCGCCAUAACAAGGAACCACUACAUGGACGACUGGGUCGAUAGCUUUGACUCCGAAGAGGAAGCAGCCCGCGCCAUACGAGAGGUAGUAGAGGUUCAUGGCGGGAUAGGAUUCACGCUGGCGGGUUGGAAUACAAACCGACCGAGCCUGCUAGAGAAUGUGAGUGAGGACCAGCGAGCGAGGACGCCGAAGGAACUGGGAGCCAACGCACAUCCAUACGGAAAGACAUUGGGGUUAUUGUGGAUGUCAGCCGAAGACCAGCUGGCGUUCAACACCGGCAUGCCACGCGUCCCACGAGAAGUGAAGCACGGCACGCGGAUACCGACGAAAAGGGAAGCCUUAGGAGCGGUGAUGUCAUUGUUCGACCCGCUCGGGCUGCUGAGCCCUUACACCAUCACGGCAAAAAUCAUCUUGCAGGCGCUGUGGGUGCAGAAGGUCGAAUGGGAUGACUCUCUGCCCGCCGAGGAAGCGCGGAUGUUCCAGGAAUGGAGAGAUGACUUAGCCUAUAUAGAGGAACUGAGAUUGCCGCGAUGGUAUGGCACGAACGACAGCCAACGGUCGCAACUGCACGUAUUCACGGACGCAAGCGAACAGGCAUAUGCCACAGCCGCGUAUUGGAGGACGGAACGCGAGGAUCGUAGCGUUAACGUCGUCCUGGUAGCAGCCAAAGCGAGGGUAGCGCCCAUGAAAGCGCAGAGUAUACCCCGGAUGGAGCUUCAGGCGAGCCUGGUAGGACCCCGACUGGCCGCUGACGUACUGAAAGGACGUCGUCGCGCGGCCGAAGUCUUCCUAUGGACGGUCUCGAAGAAGACGCUACAUUGGACUAGGAACGACACCGCUCGAUACAAUCCACACGCGGCCCGCCGGAUGGCAGAAAGCGCCGAACAUACAGAACCAACACAGUGGCGCUGGGUACCGACCGCCCACGACGUAACUAACGACGCGACCCGCGCGAGAUAUACAAUACGGACCGCCGCCGACAGAUCCGUCGGGCCGGCGCUUGUAUACGCUCCAGAGAAAGAACGACCCAAGGAAAGCAAGCCCGUCCCUGCAGAGACAGUAGCCCGUGCCCGGGCGAAGGCAAAGCCCGUAAUGGACAGAAUGCGGUUCUCCUCAUAUGACCGAGUGAGGAGGACCCCGGCACAGGUGCUGCUGCUCGCAGAAGAAUACAGGCGACGGGCAUGGAAGCUGGGCCGGGAGCGCCCCGCCGAAGCGGGGAAAUGGGUCAAGUGGCGUUGCGGUGAACGCGGACGGACGGACGAACGCGAGGGAAUUUUUCGAAGGCCGACCCGAAGAAACCUGAACUGGCUGACGGGCAGAGGAUCACAUGUAACCAUGGAAAACAAGAUACUCAUUUAUAAAACCAUAACAAACCCAAUCUGGACAUACGGCAUCGAGUUAUGGGGAUCAGCAAAGAAUUCCAACAUAGAGAUUUCGCAACGGUUUCAGAAUAAAGCACUCAAAACCAGAACUGCUGCACCUCUAUUCAUUAGAACAACAGAAAUGUACACAGGAAUGAGAACAAUCAGAGAAGAAAUAGAGCACAGAACAAGAGUAUACAGAGAUCGUAUAGGGGCGCAUACCAAUAUCCUUGCAACAGCACUACGAGACCAAUUGAUAUGCAGAAGGCUUAAGAGACUCCAAGCAUGGGAUCUUAUUCACCGAUGA